UCGUGAAUUCCGUUUAUUUGUACGCUCGUGAUCUCUAAACAUGAAGUGAUUUCUUUCUUCUCCUUCUCCUUUAUCACUCAUACUCCUCUUAUGUGAAGAGCUCAAAGGCUUUGUCUCUCCCUCUACGCUAGAUUAAGGUCCAGGAAAGCUUUAAAGGCUCUUUCUAUAGCUUUGAUCGAGCGAGAAGGAAGUUAUUCAAAACUCAAAAGAGAGAGAGAGAGAAAGAGUACCAUGGCCAUGACCCAGUAUCAUUACAGCUCAAGCAGGAGUUCUUUCCCCCAUCGCUCUCGCUUCCCCCAAAGCUCAACAAAGAUCUCUGCCUACACGAACUCGCGUCACUACUACAGGUCCUCCUCCUCUACCCCUCCUCCCUCUAGCCCCCAGCCCCCCAGUGAGAAGGAGACUGAUGAAGGCCCUCCCUACUGUCCUGCCUUUACUUCCCCCGAUAUAAAGGACACCGAUCCCUCCUUACUAAAGGAGGAGCUGUCAAAGUGUCUGCAGAUACGCACUCACCCAAAUGGCGGGGCUAGCGUCGUCCAUCUCGACUACUCUGAUUUUGAGUCUUGCUCUGAUAAAGGGCCCCUCGUUGAGAGGUUCUUUGAGGAGGUUUUCAGCGAGGAUUCUGAUGGUUUUGCACACCACGUGAUGGGUAUUGUCCACAACGGGGCCAAAUACCUCCCAGAGCUCGUCAGCCAUUUCUCACAGACGCACCCAGACCUAAGAGUCAAAAUGGGCAAUAUCAGAAACCCAGAGAUUGAGACAACCACUUUUGCCGAGUUUAGUUCUAAAGUUACAAGUUCCUAUAGCAAUGGGACCUUUAGGUGUGGCCCUCUUCUUCAGGUGACACUUGUACAGCAAGUAUCAGAGGAGAGUGGUAGAUACUUCCCUCAAUUCUUAGACCUAUUAGAAAAGAGUCCAUUUCUAUCCAAGACAUUACCCUGGGGCCCUCUCUCGGUCCUACAGUUAACUGAUCGCAGUAAGAGUGAUGACGGCCCUAUUCUCUGGGUGAGGCCAGGGGAACAGCUCAUACCUACUGCUGAAAUGCCUACACCUCACAAGAAGAGAAGAAGAGGCAAUGAGGUCCAGUCUUUGCUUCACGGUUCACGGAUGAACGAGAAAAGGGAAACGUUUUUUGAGGAUAGGACACACUGUCACGCUGAUCACGUGAAGCAAGGAGAAACAACUGCUGCUGUCGGGGUAUUGAAAGCUGUUCAUACGAAUGAUGAAGAAAAAUCGUCUAGUGUUAAUCGUGAGACUAAGGAUGUUAUAUGUUUUCAUGCUGGGGACUUUGAUGAGGUGACAUUGAGAAUGCAAGUGGACCUGUUUGAACCACCAAUGUCACAAUGUCGCCAGUGGAUCGAAGAGGCUAAACUCAACCAGUUAAGACGUGACGGGAUUCGUUAUUCUCAAUUUCGUCUUCACGACAACGACAUAUACUUCAUACCACGAAAAGUCAUACAUCAAUUCCGAACCAUCUCUGCCUGCUCGAGCGUAGCCUGGCACCUCAGAUUGAAAGAGUACUAUGCUGAUACUAGCACUGAUAAUAUUGAUGGAUUGAUGGGCUCACAGGUCCUUAAUGAAAGUAUGAGUAAUGAAGUUGAGCGUCCACUGACAGCUGGGGAGAGAAAGGGACGCAUUCCGUCAGCUGUUGUUGAUAGCAGUGGCACUGACAGUAGUGAUGAUAGUGAUGAGGAGGAAGAGGAGGAGGAGCUUCAACCACACACGAUUAACCCUCCCCCUCCUGUUUCUCAUACCUCUCCGUCUCUCGGUACUAAUCCAUCUCUACUAGGCCCUGAGCAUACCAAUGAUCCUAGUAGUGUCUUUGAGAAAGGUACUCCGGUCUUUCCUAACGUGUUUGAUAGCGAGGACUCCAUUAGCUUCUCUUAUUCUGACGAUGAUGAUGAUUUCAUGCCCGGAAUAAUGGGAAAGAAUAAGACACAGUCUAAACCGAGCCAGGCCCCACGUGAAUCCCCUCUCCCUCCUCCUCCUCAAGCUAGGGGCCAGUGUAACGGGAAACAGAUUCACGGGAUUGAUGGUGAUAGCUCGAGUGAAUCAGAUGCUUACAGUGAUACUGAGGCUGAUCCUGGUCCUGGUAAGAAUGGUAGUAUCAUUAGUAAUGGAUUCACUUCUUCUUAUCAUCCUCAAUCUGUUCAAAUACUCAAACCAGCGCCAAGCAAGGCUGUUCAUCAAAUGGCUCAUUUCAAGGCAAUACAGAGGCGGUUUGCAUCACAGACUGAAGUGAGACGUAGACUGAGUCAAGAUAAGAAGUCUCCCUCGGUUCCUCUCAGUAAUGAGUCCUCCUCACCUAACCCUAUCCCUUCUCUUCCCUCUCAUGUCUCCCCCUCUCCUCCUCAUCAACCCUCUCCUCCCCGCCAGCCCUCUCCUCCAGUAAAAGAAGUAUCCUAUACCCAGCAACCUCCUAUCAUUCACAGGAGACCGGUUCCUUCUAAAAGGAUGCCUUUGUUCAGGGCCAGUGCUCCUUCAAAGAAGAUGCCAUUACUCAAUAAGACUGGACCUUCAGCCAUACCUCAAGAGAGCGAUAGGGAUAGUAGGAAUGGCCCGAGUAAUUCCGCCAUGUUGUUGGAUAAAUUGGAGUCUGCGAAAGCUGCCAAGGCUAAGAAGUCAAAGAAAAGCAGUAAGAAGAGGAGCAGUGGUGGAAAGGGAGGGAGCAAGGAGACUGCUGCUAGUGAGCCUGUUUCUAAUAAGCCACUGCCUUUUUAUGCUCAACCAUCAGUUGAUGUACCGUCUAAUGACCAUCUCUCACUCUCACCUCCACCUUUCUCCUCUCCCUCUCCUCCUAAACCAGUAUCACCAAAGACUAAAAACAAACCACUUCCAUCGCCACCACCUUCACCCUCACCCCCUCCCUCUCCUAUCUAUCUCCCCAAUGAUCUCUUUUCUCCAGGGGGAAGUCCUUCUGAUUUGGACACACCCAAAUAUGACGCACCUCCUAAGACACCUUACUCUGGUUUCCAGUCCUUCCACAAUCACGAGGACGAGAACCGAGAGGCUCCGCCCGUUACAUGUACCCCAUCUCCCCUUCCUCCUCCCGUCCCUCAGACAUCAAAAGGUGACGAGUCGACACGCCAUCCCAUAGCUAAAGAGACAUCUCAAAGACCUCUGUCGUCGACUAGAGAAGAGGAAGGUUCUAGAAGAAAGAAGAAGCCAAAGAAGCUGACAGAGGAAGAAAGGUUCCCGCAGAUACGAGACUCUCCUUCUCCUCCUCCUCCCCCUCCUCCAAAGACCACCUAUUCACCUUAUUCUUAUUACAGAAGACCGGUUCCUCGUAAGAAUAUUUUAAACAUAUUAGCAGCUGCUUAUUCCAGUUCCUCUGAGGACGAGGGAGACUUACCCUCUCCAAAUGAGCCCCAGCUAUUAGAACCAGUUUUCACGCCUCUUAGAACCCCUGGUCGCGAUCAUCAGGAUCCACCUACUCACAGAGCUCCAUCAAAUUACGGGACUGAUAUCACAUUUAUUGAUCCACCGUCUGACGAUAAUACAAUGCAAAUGGAGGUAGAAGCAAGUCCUUCUCCACCUCCUUCUCCUCCUCCUCUCUCGUAUCAGAACACAAAACCUUUAUCCCCUCCCCCUCCUCUCUCUCCCUCUCCUGUUCCUCCUCCUGCUUCUCCUACUCCUCCUCCUUCUCCGGUCAAAGCUCCGCCUUCAAAACCUUCAUCUUCUAAAUCCCAUUUGUCCCAUAAGAGCACCAGGGCUAUAAAACGGAACGUCAUUGAUGAUUCGAGUGAUGAAGAUGAAGAGAUUUCACUCCCUAAACCAAAGAAAAACAGAGUCACAUUUGACAGCUCCGUGAUAUCUGAAAAACCACCAGCUCCAGCUUCUCCUCCCCCGGCCCCAGCCUCUAAGCCUUUAUCAACUAAUAAGGUCCACAAGGAGAAGGAGAGAGGACAGAGGAAAGAGAAACGUAGAAAGAAAGAAGCAGUCCAGGCUCCACCUGCUCCUAGUAUUAGCGUGACCAUUGAACCUCCCCAGGCUGAGAGAGCAAAGUUCGAAUCAAAGUCAUCAAAAUCAGAUUCCAAGUCAAAAUCAGAUUCUAAAUCAUCUUCCAAGUCUUUGAAAUCGAGCGAAAAGACUUCAAAUCCUUCACCACUUAAGAAGCUACAGCAUGACAGCCAGCCAGUGCCAGCAGAGGAGAGCCACACUACUAGUAUUAGCAAACCAUCUAUUAGCAGUACUGGUAUCUCUACUGGUAAACCGUCUCCUUCUAAACCACUCACUAACAGUCACAAAACCACCCCACCAUCAAAAGACAAGUCUUUGCUAGGCUCUGGUAAGAAGAAGUCCAGUGGAGGUAGAGAAGGAUCAAGACCUGAGUCUGCUAAGAAUGCUAGUGCUAGUAGCAGGAAUGAGUCCGGUCCUUCAACUGGUAAGAAAGAGAAGAAAAGCAAAUCAUUCUAUCAGCAUGAAGAGAAGGACUCACUCACUCCACCUCCUAAAAAACAGAAAGUCUCUCCUGGAACUAUCAAAAAGAGCGUUAGUGCUAAUGAUUUUAAUAGCAAGCCGAAACUAAAGCCUACGUCAGCAACAGCAGGAUCAAAGUCACAGUCUUCAGUUUUAAAGCCUGCACCCAUGGACUGGUUCUCUGCUCAGUUGGAGUCUCACGUCCAACAGAAAAAGGAAACUCGUAAGAAACCAGCCCCUGCAGCUGCUACUGGGUCUACCCCAAAGGGAGUCUCAAAGGCUGCCUCUGCUAGUAAUUCAUCUACGGCCAAAGAUGCUGUUCUAGCAGCAAAGUUUCCACACAAGAGAAAGUUACUGGAUAAGCAAGUAUCAAGACUGAAUAGCAGUAAAAUGAAACGCUUCACUUAAGGCUACACACACAUACUCACGCAUCCUGUCUAUAUUAUUAUCAUCACUAGUAAUUGUUGUUAUUAUUAUUAUUAUCCUCCUCCUCUUUUCUCAUUAUUUUCCUAUCAUUGUGUCGAUAAAAUUUA